UAUGGUUCGCCACAAAAGCAGUAUUCCACCUCAGGGAAAUAUUUAACGAUAUCAUGAAACGAGCACACCACCCGAAAGGACCCCCGGUUCCUGGGGCGACGGAGUCCUACUAGCUAGAAGACCCGCCAUAUCCAGACAUUGUCAACAUCGUACAAGAGAUGCCAUCAGAUCAGGCCGAAGUCAUCAUCAUUGGCUCUGGUAUUGCCGCUGCCGCAGCUGCCUACUCCAUACUGGUUGAAACCAGACGUGUAAACAACCUACGUCGCAUUCUCGUCAUUGAGUCCCGAGAGAUGUGUGGGGGCGGAACGGGUCGCGGCAAUGGUGUUUUGAACUGCUCACCACAUGAGAUGUUUUACAGGCUACGGAGUACUAUAGGUCUUCAUCGUGCCGCAGCGCUUGUAAGAUUCCAGCUAGCUCAUAUCAAAGUGCUGAGAGAGCUAUGCCAAGGUAUGGACCAGGAUAAUGCAGAGUUUCGCGAGAGAGAGAUGGUAGAAUUCUACCUUACCGAACGAGAUCGCAAAAUUGCGUUCGCUAAGGCGCAUUUAUUUGCACAGUGGGUUCCGGAAUUCAAGAUUGCAACCUUUAAGAGGGAUGAGGCGCGGGAGAGGUUCAAUGUGAGCCAGGUAGUGCAAGGAGCCUUAUCAUACGAUUCAGCGACGAUCUGGCCAUUUGGAUUCGUUAACUCUGUAUGGCAUCAUCUCCUACGCACAUAUAAACAAUUUCUCCACAUAAUGACACAUACGAACGUUGUUUCCAUUGACUCACUUAAAGGAGACCCAUGAUGGCUAUGUUGUCCGAACCACGCGUGGUAACUUCAGAUGCAAUCAUAUCGUGCACGCUACAAACGCUUUCGCCCCCGAUCUCGUGCCCGGCCUGCGUAGCAAGAUGACCGGGAUCCUCGGAACUAUGACUGCGUUGAAGCCAGGAUACAAGUUUAGCCUUUUAAACCUAGGCCGCGGAAAUGCAUGGUCUGUUGUGCAUGGGAAAACAAGCGACAAUGCUAUGC